AUGGCUUCGCAGUACGACGAAGGCCCGGAGUUGGCACCUCAGAACCAGUUCCCUGAGGUCUACAACCCUCUGCCGCAACACUCUCAAACCGGGACUCCGCAUCCCGCCCCCGUCACGCCCUUGACGCAUGAAGACUCUACGUACGGAAAGUACUCGGUCUCGGCCGUCGAUCAGUCUGCCUACGGCGGCGCUCAGUACCAGCCCGACGGCUCGCAGAAGAAGAGAAAGACCAUCUGCGGCUGCACCUUCCUUGUCUUUCUCCUGUCCGUCGUCAUCGCCGUCUUGGCGGCGGCUGUCAUCGGGUUGGCGGCGGGCACCGGCGUCGAGGCGAGCCGCGCAAACGAGGCGCUCGAACAGCUGGCCAGUCUGCAGGCGUCGGUUACCGCGGGAGGGUCCGCCACAGCAACGGUGACGGCGACGGGCGCGUCUGCGACGGCGACAGGCUUCGCAUCAAUCACCAACAACUGCUCCGACGCCGAUGAGACGACCACUAACCAGACGUACACCACGGACUUCUACGGAAAGAAGACGUUUGUGCAAUACUGCAACUCAAACGCCCCCAACCCGCCCCUCAUGAGCCUCUUCACGGCCAACUUUGACAACUGUAUGGACGCCUGCGCCGCGUUCACGUCCUACGAGCCCGGCUUCAACGGCAACGCCACUUGCCAGGCCGUCAGUUUCAUCCCGCUCUGGACGACGCGGGAGGGCGCCGUCAAGGGCAAGGCGCCCGGCAACUGCUACCUCAAGCCAGGGCCUCAGACGCGGGAUAAGCUAGAGACGCCGAACAUCGGCACCGAGUGCCACGCCGCCAUCAUGAACAACUGA